AUGGAGAUAAUCAACGUCGAUGUUCUUGUCUGUGGAGGAGGGAUGUCUGGAAUGGCAUGUGCUUCCUUUGCGGCGGAAGCAGGUGCCAGAACUUUGGUCAUUGAGAAACAAGGUGAAAUCGGCGGUUCUUCAAAUUAUUCUGCAGGAAUGUUUUGGGCCCCGCAAACCUAUGAAAAACUGAGAAAUUGGGUUCCACAGGGCGAUCCAAUUCUGCAGAAGGCAUUCCUGGACGAUUAUCUUCCUGUUGUACAAUUCAUGCGUGCCAGUGGGGUCCCAAUAGCAAAGAGAUUUGAUGGUAUCAUGACAAUCGGCAUCGGGUUCCCGAUUGAGAUUUCUUCCCUCCAUAAACUCCACCGAAAACGCAUUGAGUCAAGCCGAACAUCCUCCGAGAUCCUUAUCAAUACAUCCGUAGUGAAGCUCAUUCAGGAAGAGGCAGGUGUAGCGGGAUCACCUAUCACUGGUGCCAUCAUAUGCAAAAAGUCUCCAGGUUUUCCAGCUGUGUAUUGUGAAAUCAAAGCCAAAAUCGUGGUUUUGGCCACCGGUGGGUUUCAAGGCUCUCCAGAUUUGGUAUCAAGAUACCUAGGACAAGGCGGCAACAAAAUUUUUGUCAGGUCUAAUCGUGGGUCUGUUGGCGAUGGACUCAAGCUGGCACUUGAGGUAGGUGGGGGAACUAGCAGGGGAAUGAACAGCUACUAUGGCCAUCUGCUGGCAGCCCCACUUCAAUCUGAAGAUGUCAACCCUCGCGAUUAUCUCCCACUUGCCCAGUACCCUACAGAAAGUAAACAUUGUCUUCUAGUGAAUGAAGCAGGCCGGCGGUUUGCAGACGAGAGUAUGGGCGAUGAAAUCAUCAACCAGUACCUCGCCAGGCAGGAAAAUCGUCGGGGCUUUCUGAUUUUCAGCGAGAAAGUUCGUCUUCAACACUGUGUCACUGCGCUUUUUCCCAAUGCAGGAGAUGUUGAUCGCUUGCAGAAAGCCAAAGAGCACGGUUGUAAUGUCGGUACUGCAUCAACAUUGAAGGGAUUGUUAGAUAUCCUUCAUGAGUGGGGCGUGGAUCGUGUGCAGGCGGGCCGAACUAUCGAGGAGUAUGACCGAGUGGUACGUUUGGGUGACCGUGAUCUUGCCUGUGAUGCUUCUAUCGGUGCUGGUGGCUCCGUCCCAGCGCCUCUGGUAGAGAACGAAGGUCCUUUUCAUGCCAUGGAAGUCCAACCAUCGAUCACCUUCACCUAUGGAGGGAUUUCAAUCGACUCGAAGGGACACGCCUUAACGGCGGAUUGUGCCAGAAUCCCUGGACUUCUUGUUGCAGGUGUUGAUGCUGGAGGUUUCAGUAACGUUGGUUACGCUGGGGGCCUUGCUCUAGCUUUUGUGACAGGUCUUUGGGCCGCCCGAGAAAUCGCACUGCAGUUGGGUUUGCCUCAACCUGUCCUACCCCCUGCCAAUGUUCGAGAUGGGGAGGAUCUACCUAUUGAGGCCCUUUUGUAA